AACACAAGGGGGCGCAGCAUUGUGAUCCAGCGCGAGCGCAUUCUAUACGAUUUAUUUCUAUCUUCGUCAUCCUCUCAGCCAGACUUUGCCAGCAGCAGUUGGACUGGUUAGGCUGGCGACUUACUGUUGUAGGACCGGCUGAUUGAUUAUGCCAGCUUAGUUGUGACAAAUACUAUCUUCUAGCAAGACAACUUCGCGAAUUAGCACCGUUUUGGUAAAUUCAAACGUGCUAAGCGAUUCUUCGUUUAAGUUAACUCCCACUUGUUUGCUUCAUCACAGAGCUAAGUUUGGCUAAGUUACAUGCUAGCUUUCACAAGCUAAGUGCGACGGCUUCUUCUGUCUAUCGUAUUAAGGUUGUCGGCAUGCUGCAGUGAGGGAUGUACAGAGUGUUUGUAUUUACCAUAGUCUUUUUGGGGGUCCAAGGAAGCUCUAGUGUAGUGAGCACCCCCACCCAGGCGCCCAAUGAGACCUCCAAGGACUACUGUUACUCCGCUCGCAUUCGCAGCACUGUUCUUCAAGGGCUGGCCUUUGGGGGGGUGCCCACCGUCCUCGCCCUUGACUUCAUGUGCUUUUUGGGGCUUCUGUUUUUGUUCUCCAUCUUGAGAAAGCUUGCGUGGGAUUAUGGGCGGCUCGCCUUGAUAGCAAAAGAUGACAGUGAAAGAUCAUUGGAUCAACGAUACUGCCGUCUGGAUGGUCGAGAAUAUAUGUCUGCUGGGACAUCAGAAGUGUCUGAUCGCUACGAGCGGUUUUCCUCAGUUUCAAGCUCAGUUGAGUUUGACCAGACAGAUAAUGGUUUCUGUUCGUGGUUAACUGCUGUUUUCCGCAUCAAGGAAGAUGAGUUGAGGGAAAAGUGUGGCGAAGACGCGAUACACUACCUGUCCUUUCAGAGGCACAUCAUCGGCCUGCUGGUCGUGGUGGGCGUGCUCUCUGUGGGCAUCAUCCUACCUGUCAAUUUCUCUGGGAACCUACUAGAAAAUAAUGCCUAUAGUUUUGGGCGAACCACUAUAGCAAACUUGGAUGUCAGCAAUAAACUGCUUUGGCUUCACACCACCUUUGCAUUUCUCUACCUUUUACUGACGGUGUUCAGUAUGAGGCGGCACACAUCCAAAAUGCACUACAAGGAGAAUGAUCUGGUGAAGCGCACUUUAUUCAUCUCGGGCAUUUCCAAACUUGGAGAGGAGAGGGAAAUAAAGCAACACUUUGAGAACGCGUAUAGUAACUGCUCAGUCGUGGAUGCACGCCUCUGUUAUGAUGUGGCCAAGCUCAUGUAUCUUAACUCUGAAAGAAAGAAAGCAGAGCGCAGCAAAAAGUUCUUCAUUGACCUGGAUAAACAUAACACAGAACCCUCCAAGGUCAACCCAAAGCUGUGUGGACACCUUUGCUGCUGUGCCAUCAAAGGCUGUGAACAGGAAAAUGCUGUGGUCUAUUAUACCAGACUGGAGGAAAAAAUAAGGGAAGAAUACAGGGACGAAAGAGAGAGGGUCAAUAAAAAACCUUUGGGAAUGGCCUUUGUUACUUUCCAGAACGAGACCAUAACUGCUACAAUUUUAAAGGACUUCAACGCUUGCAAGUGUCAGGGCUGCCACUGCCGCCGGGAGCCCAAAAGCUCCAGCUUCAGCAAAAACCUGGAAACGCACAAUUGGACCGUCACGUAUGCCCCCCACCCUCAAAAUGUUUACUGGGAGCAUCUGUCAGUAGGAGGAGUCAAGUGGUGGCUCCGCUGCUUUUUGAUCAACUGUAUCCUCUUCCUCCUCCUCUUCUUCCUCACCACUCCAGCCAUUAUAAUCACCACGAUGGAUAAGUUUAAUGUUACUAAACCAGUGGAGUAUCUUAAUAAUCCAAUUAUCACCCAGUUUUUCCCCACCCUCCUCCUGUGGUCUUUCUCCGCCUUACUUCCUACCAUUGUCUAUUACUCUGCCUUCUUUGAAGCCCACUGGACCCGGUCAGGAGAAAACAGGACCACCAUGCACAAGUGCUACACCUUCUUGAUCUUCAUGGUUCUUCUGCUGCCCUCUCUAGGGCUCACCAGUCUAGACGUCUUUUUCCGUUGGCUUUUUGACAAGAAGUUUUUGGCAGACGCUAAAGUGAGAUUUGAGUGUGUUUUCCUUCCUGAUAACGGAGCGUUCUUUGUGAACUACGUGAUCGCGUCAGCGUUCAUCGGUAACGCCAUGGACCUGCUGAGAAUCCCCGGUUUGCUGAUGUACAUGAUCCGCCUCUGCCUAGCUCGCUCAGCGGCAGAGCGGAGGAACGUCAAAAGGCAUCAGGCUUACGAGUUCCAGUUUGGAGCUGGAUAUGCCUGGAUGAUGUGUGUCUUCACGGUGGUGAUGACCUACAGCAUCACCUGCCCGAUCAUUGUUCCCUUCGGGCUGAUGUACAUGCUGCUGAAGCACUUAGCUGACAGGUAUAACAUGUACUAUGCCUAUCUACCAACCAAACUGGAUAAGAAGAUUCACUCUGGAGCUGUAAACCAAGUGGUAGCAGCCCCCAUCCUCUGCCUCUUCUGGCUUUUAUUCUUCUCCACCGUUCGUUCUGGCUUCUCUGCUGCGACAUCCAUGUUUACAUUUGUGGUUUUGAUCAUCACAAUAGUCGUCUGCCUGUCUCACGUCUGCUUCGGACAUUUUAAAUACCUAAGUGCUCACAACUACAAGACUGACAAGCUGGAGGUGGUGGACGUGGUUGAGAAUGGAGCUGCUGCGGCGAUCCCCAAACCCAGCAAGCAAAUGUACAUCGCUCAGGUUCUUCAGGACUCCAGUGCCGAGGAGGCGGGAUCAGGCAGCAGCGAGGACGAAGGCCAGGGGUCCUUGCAGGACGAGGAAUCCCACCAUGCAGAAAACAGCAUUAAUGAGGACUUCCAGUCUUGCGAGGACAGCCUCAUUGAGAAUGAAGUGCGGCAAUGAAAACCAGCGGGAACGGAAGGAGAAAGCCGGAACUGAACUUGAUGCGUGCACUGAAUGAAAUGUGGAGCAGAACUAACAGUUCUCCAAAGUUUCCCGAGCUCCACUGAGGGACCUUACACCGACUAACACGAGCAUGGUUUCUAUCGAGGACUACAUGGAUCAUCUCAAGGACAGGUUUUCGUCGGGUCUUUUGAGAAAAUCUGUCCACACAAAGACUUCCUUCUGCUCCAAGUCCAUGAUCAGCUGCAGGAGGACCAGGCUGGGAGAAUCCAAAAACAUCCUGUUUGUUAUUCCUCUUUCAGCAAGGCAAAGGAUGUGGUGUGUAUGUCUAAAACCUUAUUGCACUUGAAAGAGAAAAAACCUCAAAGUUUCACUAAGGUACUGCAGUGCAAAAAUGCAAAUUCCAAAGAUGUUUGGAAUAUUUCCUGUACUACUUCUGCCAGUAGGUCAAGCCUUCUGCCCUACACGCUAGCGAGUAAGCAGCUUAGAAGAAACGAGCAGAUCGGAUCAUCUUAAGUGAUUCAUUCAAUUCCAGUAAAGUCUUUGCGGGAAAAAAUACUUUCAAAAUGUGAAAAAAAGAAAUAGAUGCUACUAACACUCCUGAAAGCUUAGAAACUAACUAAACACUGGGUUUAUUUAUAUUUGACCUGCUGCCGUAGACGACUUUCCCUUUAUCUAUCUUGUAAAGAGACGUGCACUACACUGAUGGAAGGAUCUGUAAGGAGCUCAGUGUGAGUCUAUGUAGGAACUGCUGCUAUGGUUGCACCAGGCUGGACAUUUGUGGAUCAAAGCAGGACGAGGAAGGCCUUUUUAUCUUCUACUCUCCAGAUUAGCAUUUUCAUCGGUCGAUUAUCUUUGUUUACAUCUCAUCAUGUAGAAAAAUUCCAUCUACUUUUAGUUUUAUGAUUUAAUUUAAUUAAAUCUGAUCAGACUCUGAUGCUAACAUGUUAAUAUGUACACUACAUCUUUGUAGACUUGUCGUUUUUGAGCUUUGUUACAGUUUUCAGAAAUGUUAGAACUAAGCGUUGAAAUGUACUUUUUUUGUUUUCUAACUCAGAUGAUGCUUUUUUUUUUUUUCUUUUGGCAAAAAUAUCAUGUAUUUUCCGCACUGGAUAUUCUAGCAGUUACAGUGGAUGAGCAACAAUGAACUCCUGCUCUUAAUUAGUCAUGUUUUGAUCAGAAAAGGAGAGAUUCUGCAUGCUGCUUCUGGAGUUUUGAAGAGCUCGGCUCUAAGCAUAAAGACCAACCGCAGACAUGCUCCAUCCUGACUGGAGAUAGUUCUCAUUUGACCCAGACACUUGGGUUUUUUAGCUCUUUAAGUUCCAAUCUUCUAGCAACAAAUAGUAGAUUAACGUGAAAAAACUUUUAUUUGAAUUUACUCCUCCAUUGGCACAUUAGAAGUUGCUUGUUGGACUAAAAAGAGUUGACUACUAAAGACGAGCACCACUACAUGACUGGAACACUACUGUAGUGGAACCAGAGUGGAAGUCCUGUACUAAACCUGUGGUCACCUCUAUGAUGGACUGAGAAGCACACGCGAUUCAUGUCGAACUAAGAAUUUGUCUCCAUUUUCAGUGUUCUCAGAGUCACAACGACGUGCUUUUUAUGUUUUAUACCUGAGAUGUCUUUUAAUCUCUGAAUGUGUUUCUGUUAAAAAAAGGACAAAAUUCCUUUCUAACAGCUUCUGGGUUUUCUCCCGCUGAAUGUACAGUUCUAAAACCAAAAGUUCUGCAUAGAUACACGUGGCCUGAAUUAAGAUUGUUGCUGCCUUUUAAACGCAGUUCUCUUUCCAAGCAUUAAUCAUAGCAGUUGUAUAUUGUAAAAAUGGUCACUACAUUUACUUUCACUACUUAAAUUUGUGUUAAAAAAAAUAUGUUGAAUUUCCAGAACUGAUUUGCUUUGCUGGGAUAUUUUUGUAAACUGACAAGCUAACAAAUGUUACCUGCUUGUUUCUACUAUGCAUCAAACUGUAGUAAAAUGCCUCUCUGCCUGAAAGUGUCUCAAA